UGGGUGUAUGAAAGUAAGGUACCAAACAAAAACAAAAACAAAAAUGGGAAUGGGAUCCAAAGCUUUCUUCUUUUUCUUCAUUGCUCUGGUAUUUUUUUUCUCAGCUACAUUUGCAGAAAAUGAUAAUGAGGAAGAAAAGGCAGUUGGGCUUGUUAUGAAUUAUUACAAGGACACUUGUCCUCAGGCUGAAGAUAUCAUCAAAGAACAAGUCAAACUCCUCUACAAACGCCACAAAAACACUGCUUUCUCUUGGCUUAGAAACAUCUUCCAUGACUGUGCUGUUGAGUCAUGUGAUGCAUCAUUGUUGCUGGACUCAACAAGGAGGAUAAUGUCAGAGAAGGAAAUGGACAGAAGUUUUGGACUAAGAAACUUUAGAUAUCUUGAAACCAUCAAAGAAGCUGUGGAAAGGGAGUGCCCUGGUGUUGUUUCUUGUUCUGAUAUUCUUGUAAUUUCUGCAAGAGAUGGUGUUGUUCAGCUAGGAGGGCCAUACAUUCCCCUGAAAACUGGAAGGAGAGAUGGAAGGAGAAGCAGAGCUGAGAUGUUGGAACAAUAUCUCCCAGACCACAAUGAGAGCAUGAGUAUGGUGCUUGAUAGGUUUAAGGGAAUUGGCAUUGACACCAAAGGAGUUGUUGCUUUGCUAGGAGCUCACAGUGUGGGAAGAACCCAUUGUACCAAGUUGGUGCAUAGGCUAUACCCGGAAGUUGACCCGGCCUUGAACCCGGAACACGUACCCCACAUGCUCAAGAAAUGCUAUGACCCGAUCCCAGACCCGAAGGCGGUCCAAUAUGUGCGAAAUGACAGAGGUACCCCUAUGAUUUUUGACAACAACUACUACAGGAACAUAUUGGACAACAAGGGUUUACUCAUUGUGGAUCACCAACUAGCCACAGACAAGAGGACUAGACCAUAUGUGGUUAAAAUGGCUAAAAAUCAAGACUAUUUCUUCAAGGAAUUUUCUAGGGCAAUCACUAUUUUGUCUGAGAACAACCCACUUACUGGUACCAAGGGUGAGAUUAGGAGACAAUGCAAUGUUGUAAACAAGCUUCACUAGAUCACUAACAAAUAUAUUAAUCCUUACUAUAUGGAUUAAUAUUAGUUUGAUGUAUGUGUUAACUAAGCAUUAGAAUAAGAGGGUGUUUUAUCAGUUUACUUCUAUAAUGGCAUGGUGACCUUAAUGAUUGCACAUGCCAUUGCAAGUUUUUUAUGCUUUCAAUGCAAUGAGUGUAGUAUGUAUUUGUAUAAUGUAUGGAUGAAGCAAGCUCAUUUGUAAAAUUCAUCGCUGUCUUUGUCAUA